AUGGUUUGGCAAAAAUCAUUUAAAAGGAAAUUUAGAAACCUUCCAUCUAAGUACAUAUCCGAUUUUUUAAAGCCAAAAAGCAAUAAACCAAUUGCCACAUUAUUUAAUAGAGAUCCGCUAAUCAAACCGAAUGAAAUUACAUUAAGCGAAGAACGUCCAAUAGUUAUUCUAGGAAGUAGCCGUUGCUGUGAAAUAGGCUUUCUAGAAAUAAAUGAUGAAAGUACAAGUAAAAUUAAUAUAUUUGACAUUCACUGUCAAAUUUCCGUGAUAAAAGAAAACAAAAUUUAUCGUACACAGGUAAAAGACAAUUCAUAUAAUUCUUCUACCUAUAUCGAAUUCGGACCCGAAAAUGACAGGAUAAUAAAAGUUAUUGGAUAUACCAAUACAGAGAAUUUAAAUGAUGGAGAUGCGAUUCUAAUUGGAAAUGAAGAAACGGGCUUUAUAAAAUAUGUAUUUGCUGACGAAUUCCGAAAACAAAAUGAUCUGCUUUUUUUGCAUUCUAUUCCUCAGGAACUUAAAAAUUACAAAAAAGUCUCAGAUAUUGGGGAAGGUGCUCACUCUAAAGUAAUGAAGGUUAACAAGACAUCUUCGAAUAAAAUGUAUGCUUGCAAGAUUGUCUCUAUAAAGCAAGAAAAAUCAAAGAGUAUAAUUAAAUGUCUGAAACAAGAACCUCGCAUAAUGAUAGAUCUAGAUCACGAAAAUAUAGUAAAAAUUAAAGCGUUUUUUGAAAGUGAAGAACGUAUUGUUAUGAUCCUGGAAUUGAUGGAAGGCGAAGAUUUAUUUAAAUAUGUUACUCAAUUUAAAUUCAAUGAGCAAAGAACUCUCAUAAAAACUGAACAAAUAAUCGGAUUCAUGAAUCAACUACUUCACGGAAUAGAAUUCAUACAUGAUAAACAAAUAAUUCAUAGAGAUUUAAAACCGCAUAAUAUUUUAUUCGAUUCAACUUAUGAAACUUUAAAAAUAUCUGAUUUUGGUUCAGCGAGAAGGAUUGAGAACCUUAAUUCUGGUUCCGAGUUUUAUGAAAUGGAGAUAAAUGGGACCCCUUUAUAUAUGGCACCUGAAAUUUGCAAUGCAAGACUUCAAAGUAAACCCACUGCCAAAUAUGGGAAAGCUUCAGAUAUGUGGUCCCUUGGUAUAAUUCUUUAUUUUUUGAUAACUGGUUCUACUCCAUUCAAUGAGGAUGCAAAUGAAUUUGCGAUAUACGUAGAAAUUACGGAUUGGGAAUUUAAUCCAAAAGAGGUAAAUAUUAAAGGAUUAACAGGGCUCUUGAUACGUUUAUUAGAUAAAAAUCAAAAGUAUAGAAUUACUGCAGAGGAUGCUUUAUACUCUUCAGUAUUUUGUAAUUAUAUGUCCUGA